AUGGCGCUGGUAGAUGAGAUAUUAAACGCCAAUGCCGCAACCUUGUGCGCCGCGUUUCUUGCUCUGAUCCUCAUUACCGUCUAUUUCCGCAAGGCUGUAGUUGAGUUUCGCAUCCGCAGAGCCGGCGGUGCACGAGCGCCUGUCAUUGCUGGCAACAUUGUUACAGCAACUCGACUAUACUUUGGCAUUGCGCAGAGUCACUUCCAAAACCAGUUUGCUGAGAACUGUACUCGUAUCCUCGACAGCUUGCCCCGACAGAAGAACGGCAACCUUCAGCACUUUGGUGAAUUUAGCCUGACAAACAAGAAAAGGGUUCUCAUUACUCGAGACCCGGAACAAAUCAAAACCGUCCUUGCCACAAAAUUUGCCGACUUCGGCCAUGGCGCCAUGUGGCAUCGCCUCUGGCGACCUUUCCUUGGGGAUGGCAUCUUCGCAACAGAUGGGCAGCAAUGGCACGACAGCCGCGCCAUGAUUCGACCCAUGUUUGUCAAGGACAGGCUGAGGAACUUAGAUAUUUUCGACAGUUGUACUAGCAAGCUCCUAUCGAAGCUACCUCCGUCAGGUGUCACGCUGGAUGUAAAAGACUACUUUUAUCGAUGGACCCUGGACACAACUACCGACUUCCUCCUCGGUGACAACGUCAACAGCUUGGAUUUCCCUGAUCACGAAGUCGCCGAAGCCAUGAGCGUCGCUCAGCGCAAGCAAAUGUUAAUCUUUGUUCUCAACCCCUUUGCCCCAAUCAUUCCUAAAAAGGACUACCUCCUUUCUAUAGACAAGAUUGAGGCUUUCAUCAACCCCAUCAUUGCGCGAGCCGUCGCCCUCCAAGACCAGGAGCUGGAGGAGCUCUCUAAAUCGGACCAAGACUUUACCUUUCUUCACAGCAUCGCCCGGUACUCAAAAGAUCCCAAAGUCAUCCGUGACCAGAUUUUGUCAGUACUUCUAGCCGGCCGUGACACUACUGCUGCAACCAUGAGCUGGGCAAUUUACGAAAUGUCGGCGUACCCGCAGACCUGGUCACGCCUGCGCAAGGAGGUGCUCGAUGCCCUCGGAACCACUGGUCGCCCUACGUAUGAGAUUCUCAAGGACAUGACGUAUCUCAAAAGUGUCAUUAAUGAGACCUUACGUCUUCAUCCAGCUGUCCCUAUCAACAUGAGAGAAGUUCUUCAAGACACGUCUGUACCAGGUAACCCUGGUGAGCCUGACAUUGUCCUCCUCAAGGGCGACUCGGUAACAAUUCAUACUAUUGGUAUGCACACGCGGCAUGAUCUUUACCCUCCUACGUCGCCCACGUUCCUUGACCCGUCGGUCUUUAGCCCUGAGCGCUGGGAGGUCUGGACACCCAAGCCUUGGACUUACACCCCGUUCCAUGGCGGGCCACGUAUCUGCGUUGGCCAAAACUUUGCAUUGACUGAAAUUGCAUUCUGCUUGGUCCGAUUCGCUCAACAGUUCCAUCGAUUAGAAUACAGAGGCGACUGGGCAGCGCAAACGCUCCAAGCAGACAUCAUCGGAACUCCUGGCCAGGGAGUUCCUGUUGCAUUUUUCGAGGAUUAA